UACUGCAAAUUAUGUUGGUAAGGUAGCUUUAUCAGUGGUAAUCGAAACUGUUCAUUGCUCCGGGUUUUCCAUGUCAGGCACUUGCUCAUUCUUAUAUAUAUAUAUUUGAGUUAUCCUGCAUAGAUUGUCAUUAAAACAUACGAUUGCUACCUGUGGUUUCAACGUAAUCACUAUAUGCACGAGAGGAAAAAAUACUUGGAGAAUACAGAUAUAAGGAAUUAUAAAAAACUCUAUUAUUUUGUUUCGAUUGGUUUUGCUCUUUACAUCGGUUCAAUAUAUGGUUUUGCGUCAUUACAAUGCAGCCUUAAGGUCAAAGAAAACAUUGGACCCACGAGCAUGCUUCUUGCCGAUUUGGCCUCUGCUAUUGGAGGGUUGUUUUUAACCCCCCCUGUUGGUCAGAUUGUUUGGGCCAACGAAGGUUCUUGUUGGAGGCGAAUCGCUGACAAUGCUCUACACAGCAUCAUUUUUUAAACCAAAUUGGUGUACUAUGUUACCGUCGUCUAUUCUGUUUGGUUUAUGUGAAAGUGCCGUAUGGGGAGCUUCAUCUAUUAUGAUCGCCACUGCAGAAAAAAGUGUACAUCGAGAAGGCCAAGGAAAGGAAGGUGUUCUGUACGGCAUGAAAGAGAAGUAUCCAGCGGAGUUGACACUGAAUAAAUUCUCAAAUACUUCAACGUAUGUAGAGGCGAGGUCGUACGUAAAUUGGACAACGGAAUUUCUUGCUACAUGUGCAUCAAAAGAUUGUCCGUUGUUGCAUCUAUCUAUUUCAAUGACAUUACAUCGUCAUUCUGCGUUCAAAAUUUAAUGAUCUCUUGUGGUGCGGCGUUUACAUUUGCAUGGAGUUUGCAAGUUCGUGUAUACAUCAAACUUUACGUGAUGACGGCGAUAACAAUCCUCACAACAAUUUCUUUGCUUAUAGAUCAUAUCGAGUAUAAAAACGAAUGUGCUGAGUAUGAAAGGCUGGAUAGAGCUUGAAGGUGCAGUGUACGCGUUUGACGCUGUAUAGAAAUCGAAAUUGUAUUAAUAAAAACAUAAUUAACUUUUUCGUUCAAUUUCAAUUUACUCUCAUCAAUCUUUUUUCAUUACAUAUCCCAACAUUUGUUGUAUGUACAAGAAAGUGAUGCGAACUGGCUA